AUAGCCAAAUGCACGCCCUUGUAGUUCUUUUCUGUUUAAAUAGGCAACGAAAACAAACUUAAAGGUACCCCCCCCCCAACUGCGCAGCAACAAGGAUGACCCGUAGGCCGUGGGUGCUUGGCCUGGUGACGAGAGUACGGGUUAUUUUUAUGUUCUGUUGAUAUGUUUCAGCUCAGACGCUAGGAUACUGGGGGUUAGGUCAGCAUACCGAGGUACGAGCCAAAAACGAUAAGGCAGUUUGUUUACUAUAUUUAAGCGGACCUCUGCGCGGAUCCAUCGGGGAGAAGUUCGUGCUUGAACUCUGCCUGUUGCUAAGCAUCAGUCGCUUCGUUAACACCGCGGUCCGGUGACAUAGUUUCGUUUGUUAACCUGUGCCUCACGAGCGCAGAUUCGAUCAGACGCCAUUUGGGUAUUCCAAAUGAGAACAGCGAUCAGUCGUCGCCAGAGCGUAAUGAACACUGGCUCACUCGGUAAAUUUGAAAGUUUCGGUGUCUCAACGAGUUCGGGAAGUUCGAAGAGCUUCAAAAAAAGUAGAGUAAUACUGAGACAACGGUGGACCAUCGUUCCGAGUCUUUCCUGCUGAAUCCGUGAGCAGCUUUGACAUUUAUUUGGCGGUUUCAUUUCUUUUCCUUUCGCUAUACGAAAAGUGAAGCUUUAUCAGUCAUCGUCAUUACUGAGUUACCAUGAAGCUUCUCGAGAGCAGUCGUUUCGAGGCGAUCAACGCAUCGCUGUGCUUCGAGACUGGGGACUGCAAGAUCGUUGGAAGGAUCGAAAGCUACUCCUGCAAAAUGGUGGGCAGCGAUAAGCGCCUGUUCAAGUCGAUGAACGCUGAGGCGGGCGGCGGGCCAAACGACCUUCAGGCACUGUCCCCACCACAGAGCGCACUCAUCUCGCAGAGCCCAAACCGUGUGUACAGCCGAAGCCAGAGUGACGAUGGCGAGGGCCACCUGUGCGACACCAUCAGCCGCAAGACCCUGUUCCAUUUGAUCGGCACGCUCAACGCUUCCUUUCACCCCGACUAUGACUUCAGCCAGGCUAAAAGCGACGAGUUCAGCAAAGAGCCCAGCUUGGACUGGGUCAUGAGCUCGGUGGACAGCAACCUGUUCGCCAUGGCCAAUCAGGCGUACAGCGCCCUGCGGCCACAUCUUUGGGCCGCCAUGGACAGCGAGAUCACGCUGGCCGAGUGUGACAUCUUCAGCUACAACCCAGACCUGGUCUCGGACCCCUACGGAGAAGAUGGCUGCCUCUGGUCGUUCAACUACUUCUUCUACAAUCGUCGGCUCAAGCGCAUCGUCUUCUUCACUUGCAGAGCUGUCAGUGCCAACAGCUUUGAGUAUGGACAGGAUGAGCUGGAGCACGAGAUGAACAUGGAGAUGGAGGAGGAGUCUGCGGCCAGUUCUGGAUCCUUACAGGUGGCAUUCUGAGCAAGCAGCUCCAUUUUUGUCUCCUGUCCCAGACCAGAAAUGAACCAGCACCGCCACCAUUAGUCACUCUAUGGAAUCUCCCACCCCACGGCCCUGCCCCAUUCGCUUCAUCCAACAAUUGGUUUUUUUUUUAAAAAUGUACAUAAAAAAUUCACCAUGUUUUAGAGUGUACAGCAUCUUUCACUUAAAUUGUUUGCUGUCGGGCUGUGUAAAGAAAAAGGAUGAUAUAUAUAUAUCUUUUUUGUGGUGGUUCAAGCUGCUUUUUCUCAAAUAUUUUUAAGAGAACAUACCAAAAAAAAGAUUGGUUAUGGUUAUGGUGUGCGCAUUAUGUUCAUAACCAACGUCUAUAUGUAGAGUGAACAUUAUGUCUGUAUCCACGUAGUUCCAAACAGGAUGUUGAGGAUUUUAUCCUCAAGGUUUGCGUUCGUUUGGCCAAGCAAAAGCUUGCUUCUGCGAUAGACGUCCAGCAGCAUUGUAGUUUGUCCGAAUUGAACCCUUUGUACUUAAUUUGUUUUGUUGAGUGGUUUGCUUGUCCCCAUUUUAUCACAGAGAUAUUGCUUAUUUAAACCCAAGAGUCCAAAUAAAGUUCUAACAAAAUGAUAA